AUGCCCGCCCUCGAGACAUCCCCCCUCCUCCCCUCCCAGGGAGGCGACACUCCCGUCUCAAAGCCCCUCGAUGUUCUCGGCUCUACUAGAUAUCUUCUCCUCGGCUCUUGGAUCAACUUGUUGCUCGUUUGCGUCCCGCUGAGUUUUAUCUCUGAGUCCCUCGGAUGGGGCGCGGGUGCACGAUUCGCUACAUCUUUCCUGGCGAUUGUGCCUUUGGCCAAGCUUCUCGGGGACAGCACUGAGCAGCUUUCAAUGAAGCUGGGACAGACCUUGGGCGGUCUGCUCAAUGCAACCUUUGGUAAUGCUGUUGAGCUCAUUGUGGCCAUUGCAGCUCUGAACCACAACCAGCUGCGACUCGUCCAGACCUCGUUGCUCGGUAGUGUACUUUCCAACCUCUUACUCGUUCUCGGUAUGAGCUUCUUCGCCUCUGGUUUCUUCUUUUAUGAGUCGACAUUUCAAGCGACCGCCGCGCAAGCUAGUUCAUCCUUGCUUACGCUUGCUUGUAUCACUCUCAUCUUACCGGCUGCAUACCAUGCGUCUAUGACAGACCAGGCUGAAGACACUUUGAGGACACUCGUCAACGACCACGCGCCCGAUCCCCCCGACGGUACAUUGCGAGGUCUCCUCAUUCUCUCUCGAGGCACUGCAAUCAUUCUACUUCUCACCUAUUUCGGCUACCUCGUGUUCCAACUCCGUACCCACUCAGGCCUCUUUGAAGCUGAAGAUGUACCAGAAGAAGAAGAGGUUGCCGCGAUGGACCAGUGGAGUGCUGGUGGCUGGUUGGUCAUCAUAACUAUCCUUACUGCCUUUUCCGCCGAUAUUCUUGUUGGCAGUAUUGACGAAACUGCACAACAAUACAACAUUCCCAAGAGAUUUAUUGGUCUCAUUCUCUUGCCUCUAGUUGGCAAUGCUGCUGAACACGUCACUUCGGUCUGGAUGGCAUGCAAAGGAAAAAUGGAACUCACCAUUGGUGUCAGUGUUGGGUCCAGUAUUCAGAUAGCUGCUGGUAUGAUUCCACUCUUGGUCAUCAUUGCCUGGCCCUUGCAGAAAGACCUUACUUUGUUCUUUGCCAAUUUCGAAACUAUUGUUCUUUUUGUAUCAGUGAUGCUGGUUAACCUUUUGCUCCAGGAUGGUGAGUAG